AUGGUUCAUCGAAAACUCUAUCCUUCAUGAUGAAAACCGCUCAUGAUAGUAAUAUAUUUCGACAAAUGAUGCAAAUUCACAAUGUCUUCGAAACCGAAUCAGAGAUCUAUCGCGAAGUGAUACCCGAAUUUGAAGAAAUGUAUCGUGAAGUUGGUCUCGAUGUCAAAUUCGGUGCAAAAUCCUAUGAUUUAGAUGUACAGAGUCCCUACAUUCUAUUGGAAGAUUUAAGUACGAGAGGAUUUAAAAACGAAAAUCGCCUAGAAGGUUUGGAUAUGGAUCACACAAAGGCGGUGCUUAACAAAUUGGCAUUGUGGCAUGCUGCAAGUGCGGUGCGCGUUGCCACCAAGGGGCCCUACGACCCGGAUUUAUGCAUGGGUUUCCUCAAAGAAUCUGCCCAGCAAAUGAUGCGUAGUAUGUUCGAAGGUCUAUGGACUAUUUUCUUGCAAUGCGCCAAAUCAUAUGAUGGCAUUGAGGAAUACUACGAAGCCAUGACUGCUGCCAAAGACAGAUUAAUGGAAGAUUUCCUUAAACUUGCCGAUGAAGAGAAACGUGAUUUUUGUGUUCUGAAUCAUGGUGAUUGUUGGUCGAAUAAUGUGAUGUUUCAGCACGAUGCCUUUGGUAAAAUCAAAGAAACAUAUUUGAUUGAUUUUCAAACACCAAGAUAUGGCACACCGGCCCAGGAUCUUUACUAUUUUCUAAUAUCUUCAACGAAAUAUGAAUUGAAAACGAAACAAUUUGAAUAUUUUAUCAAAUACUAUCAUGAUCGUUUGGUGGAAUACCUGAAAUUGUUGAAUUAUUCGAAGAAGAUUAUCAGUUUAAAGGAUUUACAUAUAAUGUUGUAUAAAUAUGGUUUGUGGGGCUAUGCCACAAUGACCGGUGUUAUGGCUGCCGUUCUGCUGGAUCCCAAUGAACAUGCUAUGUUCGAUAAUUUCUUCUCGGAAUCCGAUGUUGGAAUUAAAUUCAAAAUGCAAAUGUUUUCGGGGGCACGUUAUCGUAAACACUGUGAAAUGCUUUUACCAUGGCUAUAUAAUCGCGGUGCCUUUUUUGAACAAAAAAAUAUGACUGCUAACGCAAACGGUACCACCGCUGAUUCCAUUCCGAAAUGGAUCAAAGCAAAUCUAUUCGAAGAUGUCCUAAAGAAAACUGUGCAGGGUUUUAAGGCAAUUAAAUCUUUUGAAAUUAAACCAGCUGCCGGAGCUGGUGAAAAUUAUGCCACCGUUAUGUUGAGAAUUGAAAUCGAAACGGAAUUAGAUGACGGCACAAUAAAACAAAUAUCAUAUAUGAUGAAAACAAAUCACGACAGUGAUAUGGUACGUGAAAUGUUAAAAGCACACGACAUGUUCGAUGUAGAGAAGAGUAUGUAUGAGACGAUAGUACCUGCCUUUGAAAAGUUGUAUGCUGAUGCGGGUGUGCAGAUUAUAUUUGGUCCCAAUUGUUAUGAGCUGCCCACAAAUGAAGCGCAUAUCCUAUUGGAGAAUUUAACACCAAAAGGUUUUAAGAAUACCAAUCGUCUGGAAGGUCUUAAUAAGGAACAUAUGCAUGAAGUAUUACGUAAAUUGGCUAUGUGGCAUGCUGCAUCGGCUGUAUACGCUGAACUCAAUGGCGGCUAUGAAGCUAAAUAUCUUUAUGGAUUUUUCCGUGAAGAAUCGAAAGCAAUGAUGAAAUCAAUGCAUGAUAACAUACAUUCAAUGUUUAUGGCUUGCCUCAAGAAGUACUCCAACCAUGAAAUAUAUUACAAUGAAAUGGAAUCCCUUCAAAAAGAACUGCUUGAUGAAUUAUAUCGUACGGUGGAAAUCGAUCCCAAUGAGUUUAAUGUCCUCAAUCAUGGUGAUUGCUGGGCCAAUAACAUUAUGUUUCAAUACGAUGAUUUGGGUAAUAUCAAGGAAACCUUUUUGAUAGACUACCAGUUACCCAAAUAUGGUACACCGGCACAGGAUCUCUAUUAUUUUAUCAUAUCCUCAGCUAAUUAUGAUUUGAAAUUGAGUCAGUUUGAUUAUUUCAUACGUUUCUAUCAUGAACAUUUGUAUAAGAAUUUGAAAUUGUUGAAAUAUGGUAAGAAAUUGCCAACGCUACAGGAUAUUCAUGUCACACUCUUUAGACAUGGUAUUUGGGGUCUAUUUUCGGCAACGGGAGUUAUGGCUGCUGUACUGUUGGAUCCCACGAAAGAUGCCAAUUUGGAACAUUUCUUGGGUGAUAGUGACAAAGCGAUGGCCUUUAAAAUGGCCAUGUAUUCAAAUGAUCGUUAUCGCAAACACAUGGAAGCCAUAUUGCCAUGGCUGAAGUAUCGUGGAGCAUUUGAUCUUAGUAGCAUGUAG